AUGUCUUCUCCGAAUUCCAACUUUCUCGAGAUCGGCUCGUUCAAGUUGCGUACAGAUCCAAUCAAUUCUGACGAGAGAAUCAACAUCAGCUAUCAGCGCGCUCAUGCAGUGGCCAAAGCAUAUGAUAUGAAGAUCCACGAUGUGCUUAACCUGUCCCCUAAAUUUUGGCAGUUGCACCAAGAUUUUAUCGCUGCCUUCGAUUUUGCUGCUUAUACCCUCGUUACGAUCCAACUCAAUCUUGCCGCUGGAACGCUGGCACCGUUUGCUGCAAACAAUGUGCAGUAUAGGCCCCUGUUGGAGGAUAUCCUCACCUUUAAGAUCUCAGCACAGUAUAUGCUCACAGAGGUUGGUCAUGGAUUAGAUGCACGCAACCUAGAGACAACGGCAACACUACUCCCAAAUGGCGACUUUGACCUUCACACGCCCAACUUUAAUGCUGCUAAAAUUAUGCCACCAACCUGGCCUAGGGUAGGCUUCCCUCGAGUAGCGGUCGUAUUUGCCCGGCUCGUUGUGCGAGGCGAAGCCAGAGGAAUUCGACCAUUCAUUGUCUGGCUGAAUAAUGGAGAAACUAUGCAUGCCGGAGUAACAGCAAAAAUGCUUCCUGUGCGAACUGGGUCGAAGCCUUUGGAUCAUACCAUCACCACUUUCUCUCAUGUCCAAUUGCCAUUCUCAGCACUGCUUGGGUCCCUCGAAAUGCCAGCAAACGAACGCAACAAUUUCUUGUCAGUAACCGGGCGCAUCGGCGUAGGGUCUCUGGCACUCACGAUGGGCCUCACUCCCAUGUUGAAAAGGUCUGUAUUUGUUGCAGGAAAAUACAGCAUCAAGCGUCAAAUUUUGGGAUCAAAGGAUAAGCCCGUUUCCAUAAUCUCACUUCGAACACAGCAACAACCCAUACUGCAUGCACUGGCCACGAUCGCGGUUUUGGAAGCGUAUACACAGGAGAGUAUAUCGUUUUUCCAAGAUCCAACUCUGGAACCAGCUGUACGAUAUGGAAUUGUAGCGGCGUUUAAGGCUGUCGUGGUUCAAGCCACCCAUUCGGCUUUAUAUUCUCUUACAGAACGGUGUGGUGCACGCGGACUAUACGCAGAGAACCACAUCAUCGAAUCACUAUUAGACUCGCACGCUAUCUCCAUCGCUGAAGGGGAUACUUUGGCCCUAAGUAUUAGGCUCGGAACCGAACUGCUGGUCGGUCGAUAUAAGCUGCCACCUCCGAAGGACUCUAAAGACGUCUUAGCUCAACAUGAAAUGGGUCUCCUAGAGGAAUCACGUUCUUUAUUGAAGGGUAUAUCAGGAGGUCACAGGGGUAGCGAGUUCAACUCGUUGAUUCUACCAAGGUGCCAGCCUAUAGUACAGGCGAUUGGUCAUCGUCUGGCCUACGAGGCCGCUCUAAAGGCGGGCGUCGAUCGGGAUCUAGUGCACUUAUUCAAAACUGGCGUUAUGCUGCACGACCCAAGCUGGUAUGUCCAACAUGCCAAAAUUAGUCGGGAAAGUAUGUUUGGGGAUGAGGCGCAGGCACUAGAUUCCGUGUUACCGCAGCUCGACAAGUUACUCGAUCGGACUGGAGCGCAGCCUUACUGCAGUGCGCCAAUUCUCUCAGAGGAUUCAUGGGAAGGGUUUGUUGACCACUUGGAGACACGGGAAGGCACACAGGCUCAGGACAUGCCCAAAAAUUCCAAGCUGUGA